AUGAGUCAGUUCUCACCUGGAACGGCGACGAUGCGCCUGGCAAAGAGCGCCGCGCCGUCUUCGGUCCCCGGAGUCCCGGCUCCCGGCUCCGUCGACGCAAAAGUUCACACAGCGGGCCGGGCUGAUGUGUCGAAACACGCCGAUGACUAUUCUGGCAGCAGAUUUCUCGGAGGCAGCGUGUCAGGCCUCUCUUUGGCCAACAUGCUUGAGAAGUUCAACAUUGAGUAUGUACUUCUCGAGGCACAUUCCCAGAUCGCCCCCCAACUUGGAGCGAGCAUGGGCCUCCUCCCUGGUGGCUUACGUAUCCUUGAUCAGCUCGGCUGCUACGACCGUGUCCGGGAAAUAGUCGGGGACUGUUAUUACCAACCGAGCCUUCGUCUCUUUAACGGGAAAAUAUUGGACAAGGAAAAGCCCAAAAGCUUUUCUGAGCAGUUGGAGGAGAGAACCGGCUAUCCCCAGAUUUUCAUCGAUCGGCAGAUGCUCCUGCAGAUUCUUUUCGACAACAUCCAGGCCAAGGAUAGAGUGAUGACGCAGAAGCGUGUUGUCCGCGUGGAAACAGCUGAGAAUCAAGUCCACGUCCAGACUCAUGACGGCUCUACUUAUACGGGAGAUAUUGUUGUCGGUGCUGAUGGAGUCCACAGCGCAGUCAGAAAGGAGAUGUGGCGAAACGGCCUCGAAUCAGAUCCUGGAUCAUUUCGGCUGGACGAGGACAAAGCGCUCGCAGCCGACUCGAAGUGCAUUUUUGGCAUUUCCAAACGACCCAAGUCACUUCCUAAUACUGCUUUGCAGAUCAACGCAUUCUUUGACGGCCGCAACUAUAUGAUGCUCUCGGCGCCCGGAGACCGGCUUUAUUGGUUCAUGUUUCAGGAUAUGGACAAAGCUACUGGCAGUGAUAUUCCCAGAUUCACAACCGAGGACGAAAUCAAUCUGGCAAAGGAACACUUUGGUGAUCAAGUCACAGAGUCCACGACCUUUGGGGACGUAUACGAGAACCGAUUGCAAACCGCACUCGUCUCUCUCGAGGAGCACGUUUUUGCGCGGUGGCAUUUCCGGAGAAUCAUCACCAUUGGAGACGCAGCUCACAAGGUUCACCCCAACACUGCUCAGGGCGGCAACGGCGCUAUCGAGACGUCAGCAGUUCUUCUGAAUACUCUCUUGCGACGAUUAGACGAAAGAUCGAAACUAUCAGAAGAGGAUAUUGAGAGCGUCUUCGCCGAGGUUCAAACCAGCCGUUUCGCCCGUGCCGCGAAUGCUCUCGAACAAGGCCGCCGGACAUCAUCAAUCUCGACGCGAGAUACGUUGGCCUCGAGACUUUUCGUCCACUAUCUACUCCCCUGGUUUGGGGAUCGUAUAAUCAUGUGGCUCGCCAUUAAACACGCUGAGACGGGCCCUGUGAUCGAGCGACUGCCUGUUCCCAAGCGACACGGCGUCACUCUGCCGCACAGCGGUACUGUUACGAAACCUCGUAGCUCAAAGGUCCCGUGGGGACUGGGGGCCUUCGGAGCAACCCUUGUUGCAGUGCUUCUCUACUUUAGUAGAAGAUCGGAUUGGCCGAAUGCAUUUGCGACAUUGUCUAGCGGGCACCUCGGUUAUUUAUGA